AUGCAAAAAAAGAUGAUAACUAUUACCGCUUCCGAGCUCGCCACCCUCAAGAAGAGCAAAACCGUCCUCGAAGAACUUCAGCGCGAAAACGUUUUCCUUAAGACCGAGAUAGAGAAGUCGCACCACGACCAAGACCUUUCCUGGGAUGAACUUGUCAAAGCCCAACAAAUCUGGGAAGAAAAAAUGGGGGAGUUUAUGGACCUUGAAAAACAACUAGCUGUUGUUCGUGCAAAACAACAACUUCAGCAGAUGUUCCCUAAUACCCCCACUGACUUAACGCAACAAACUCAACAGAACAAUAAAAUGGAAAUUUCAGAGCCUUUAAACCCCGAAGGCAACGAAGAAGAGACCAAACAGGAAAGUUUCAAAAUGGAAGAAGAGUCUCCUGCACAAGAAGAGGAAGUCAAGACGGAAAAUGGAGAAACGACACCGAGCCAUACGCCACAAAUGUUUCCAAACCAACAGAGUAUACAAAUGAUACACCAAACAUAUCACCCAGUUUCUCCAUUCAAAAUGGCCAAGUUGACAAUUGAGAACAACAUCAAUUUUGUGGGUGGGUCUAAUGAUUGUGACGUAUCAAAUAAUGCCCAAAACACACCACCACAAAACCACGUCGAUGAAGACGAGACCGAACUUGAAUUUUUCUUUUCUAAAAGCGCCGAGGACAAAAAGUCACAAAGCUCCACUCAACAACAAGCACCUAAAAUGAACUCGGAGAACUCUGCACUGCCAACAAUACUCCCUUCUCCCAAUUUUCCGAAGAUUGAAACAAAUGAACUAAGUCGGCCUUUUGUGAAGUCCGAAUUUCUUGAGAAAAUAGAGAAAAUGCGAAAGGGAGACAGACCAGAGAGCAUUGAGAGAAGAGAAAAAUUGGAGCGCGAAAAGAACGAGAGAAAAGAGAGAAUCGAACGCCUUGAGAAGGCGAAAAAGAAGGCCAAAGCCGCGCAAAAACAGAGUGAAGAGAAAAAGCCGCGCAAACAGAAGAUAUCAGUGGGGGCGAGGUCGUUCAUAUCGGCGACGAUGAGAACGACUCUACUCGCGUCGAUAGAAAAGGCUAUUCAGGCCGAGAAUGAUGACUUGGCCGUGUCAUCGAUACCGUUUGGUCCCAGCAAGAGUAUGUUUGAGGUGGGGUAUAUUGCACUGCUCAAGACGGUGUUUAAACAGUGUACCGCGCAGCUUAGAAUAUCGUUAAAUGGUGGAUGUGCGGUGGUGAAUGUAAUGAACAUCUUCAAGCUUUUUAUGGAAGAGAAUAAGAAGCUGAACGAUUUGUAUAAUAACACAGACAAAAAAACGAAGCCACUGAUCAGAGAGGACUUUGUGAACUGCAUUAAGGUCAUUCUACAACAAAGAGCUUCGUUCAAGAUGUGUACGUUUUUCGGUAUUAUCAUGCCGGAAUGCCAAUUCAUUUCGAUGCAAAUCGGAGACAAAACCACAGUGUAA